GGUCUCCGACGAGAAUGUACACGGUGAACACGUUCCCUGGUGGAUGUGGUUGAAAUGUUGGGAAUUGCAUUAAUAUCACCUGCAGCACACGUACGCCACACAGAGCGUCGCACCGGGUUUAAUCCUUUGCAGCUCUUUCGACGACGGAUCACAGUGUUGUUCGGGUUGUUGCCACUGUCCACCCAACCGGGCAUUACGCACUAUCCGUUGAUCUUCGUACCGUAUGGACAGGUGCAACAAUGCGUCCGCAUCGUUUGACUUGUCUGCUUGAAACCCAAUAUCGACUCUGUUAGAACAAACACCAAAGUGAAUGAAAAGAAGGGCUCUAUAAGAGAAUGGAGCUCACAGGUUAUAAGAGCCUCUACCUUUCAGCGUCAUCGAUGGAUUUGGUCCGUAUAUGGAAAAUGUGCCCGGUGGCCACUGGGCAGCUUAAGGUUCCGGCGAACGUCGUCAGCAUGGUUGGUACGCGUUGAUGAAUGUACUGUGCCGGGCAGUAAUAGCGGUGAGUAACUGAUUUGCUGCUAAUAUUCCACCUUCUGCCGAAGAUCGUCUUAUCACUGCCGACAGUUAUCUGUAGCAUGAUAGAUGGCGUACACCAACACGGGCUCCACAUCAGGUAAAAGGUAAAACGCAUACACUAUUAUCCUAAUCUAUUCCUCAACGGUAUGUAAGCACGGGUUUGAUAAUAUCGAUUGAUAUGAAGUUGAUACAUUUCCAAGCGCUUUUAAAACUUGCAGCUCAUAGGUAAGAUAAAACUUGUUUUUUGGUAAACUGUAAGAAGAGAUUUGUCUCGCUAUGAUGUCUCACCUUACGCUAUUAAUAAACUCACCUUACAACAGUAUGUAAAUGGCAUUUGUUUUACUCCAUAAUGUGAUAUGUCUGUAAUGUGGUUGUACGGCAUUCUGCCUUCAAUUUAAACGAUACCUAACCUCGCUGACUUGUGAUGUAUGUUGUUUACCGACGUUGCCUCAUGACCGUUUCAAGGUGAAACUAUUCCUGGCCAUCAGUUCUUUACGUUUCCCUCCCUUAACUCGAUCCCAUCGUCAAUGGACGCUACGAUGCGGGUUUACAAUGCGACACUCUGGAUACGACUAGAGCUUAAGCUGAAGCCAAAAAGUAAAGCAAACAAAGGUGCUGGUAGUAUGUCCGGUACGGAUAACCAUUGGAGCAUUCACGGUGGCAAUAAGGUGCUAAUACUGUGGGUAUUUCGCAUCAUCAACGGAUCAAAACCGGCAGAAACGAUGAGCAAGGAAGAGGAAUUCUCCAAGCACACGGAAAUGAUCGCCAAGCAUACUAUCCCGCACGAGUCAGGGCUCGGUUGGCAGCAGAUCGAUCUGACCAAUGCCGUCCGGCAAUGGCACGGCGAAAAGCGUAACGACAGUCUCAAGCUGUUCGUGGAUUGCUCCGGCUGCGGCAACAAGAUCCGUGUGCACAUCUUCGAGCAUGCGGCCAACCAUCACCAGCUGCACCAUUUCGCGCGCAUCGGUCUGUACAGCAGCCGUAAGCAGAAGCCGCUGGUGAUGAUGAAUGGGGCACCGCGUUCGAUGAUGAAGGUAAAGCAUCCCAAAAGCCAGGAACGGAAGGCGAAGUAUGGCGAGGGCACGGAUGACGACUACAACCGGCCGCAUCUGUUCGUGAGUCUGGACACGACGCAGGUCCGUCGGUUGCGUCGCCGCGCACUCGACUGCACCGGUGCUCCGAACGAGCAGUGCUGCAAGCAGAAGUUUUACGUCGACUUUAAGGCACUUAAGUGGGACGAUUGGAUUAUAAGACCGCACGGCUACUACGCGAACUACUGCAAAGGUAGUUGCCAUCUGGUGGACAAGUUUAGCACCGAGUAUCAUUACGUGAUCGAUCAGUACCGUCGGCAGGGUAAUGUUGGUGGGCGAGGAUUGGGCAAGAUGCACCACAAAUCGGGCGGGGGUGGUGCGGGUGCUGCUGGUGCGGCAGGAUUGGCCGGUAUACAUCAAUGCUGCGCGCCGGUAAAGUACUCACCGAUGUCGCUUAUAUUUUACGGUCCCGAUGGGCGCAUCAUCAAGCAGGAUUUGGCAAAGAUGAUCGUGGAGGAGUGUGGUUGUCCGUGAACUUAUGGGUAAAAACGUACGUACAUAUACGAAAUUUGCUGUUAAU